AUGUCCCAAACUACAACUAACACUGCCACUGCUCAAUUGCAAUUGAACGCCGGUACUAUCCACCACUCUUUGUCCGAUGUCGUCAAGACUGAAGACUGGUCUGAUUUCGAGUUUACUCCAAUUAGAGAGUCCACUGUCUCCCGUGCCAUGACCCGCAGAUACUUCCAAGAUAUGGACAAGUUUGCUGUUUCCGAUGUAGUCAUCAUCGGUGCUGGUUCCUCCGGUCUUUCUGCCGCUUACGUCAUCGCCAAGAACAGACCAGACUUGAAGAUCGCCAUCAUUGAAUCUAACGUCGCUCCAGGUGGUGGUGCAUGGUUGGGUGGGCAAUUGUUCUCCGCCAUGAUCAUGAGAAAGCCAGCACACUUGUUCUUGAACGAUUUGGGGAUCCAGUACGAGGACGAAGGUGACUACGUCGUCGUCAAGCACGCCGCGUUGUUCACCUCUACUGUUCUAUCCAAAGUAUUGGAGUUCCCCAACGUCAAAUUGUUCAACGCUACUGCUGUUGAGGACUUGGUCACUAGACCAGCUGGUCCUAACGGUGAAGUUAGCGCUGCUGGUGUCGUCACUAACUGGACUCUAGUCGCCAUGGCCCACGACCUACAAUCGUGCAUGGACCCUAACGUCAUCGAAUUGUCUGGUUACAAAGAUGACGGGACCCGUGACGAAUCCAAGAAACACGGUGUCAUCUUGUCCACUACUGGUCACGAUGGUCCAUUCGGUGCAUUCACCGCUAAGAGAAUCGUCACUAUCGACUCCAAGAAGAACUUGGGUGGUAUGAAGGGUCUAGACAUGAACCGUGCCGAGGCCGCUGUGGUCAAGGAGUCAGGCGCUUACGACGGUGUCAACUCUGUCUACUUCGCCGGUAUGGAGUCUGCGACUUUGCACGGUCUAAACAGAAUGGGUCCAACCUUCGGUGCCAUGGCUGUCUCCGGUAUUAAGGCCGCUGAAGAGAUCUUGAAGCACUUUGCCGAAUAA